ACUAAUAAUUUAAUCGAGACUCGAGACAAGUACCGUUCAGAGUAUAUAUUAAUGAAAACGUCGAAGAACACACGUGAACAUAUAUAAGAAAUAUUGUUGUUUUCAUUUCUAUCGUAAAAAAACGUGGACAACUAUGCAAUUAUAAUAAUUUAAACAAUAAAUUUGUAAAUUAGAAUACCAUGGAGGUUCCGUCAUCAAAAUCCAUGCUGUUUGCUUGUCAGUGGUCAGUAACAGUUAUUAAAUCAUAAAAUGGGUACAAAUAUAUCACAAUUGGAGAAAGAUAUUGGCUCUGAUCAAUUUCCUCCUAAUGAACAUUAUUUUGGUCUAGUUAAUUUUGGAAAUACCUGUUAUAGUAAUUCUGUACUACAAGCUUUAUAUUUUUGUCGACCAUUUAGAGAAAAAGUUCUAGAAUACAAAGCUAGAAAUAAGAGAACCAAGGAAACAUUAUUAACAUGUUUAGCAGAUUUGUUCUACAGUAUUGCAACUCAAAAAAAGAAAGUUGGAUCUAUUGCUCCAAAAAAAUUUAUUGCCAGAUUGAGAAAAGAGAAAGAGGAAUUUGAUAAUUAUAUGCAGCAGGAUGCACAUGAAUUUUUAAAUUUUUUGAUAAAUCACAUAAAUGAAAUUAUUUUAGCGGAGAGAAGUCAAAGCAAACCAACAGGAGGAAAAUGUGGUGCAGGUGACGCUGGUUCACCACCAGAGCCUACAUGGGUUCAUGAAAUAUUUCAAGGAAUUUUGACAUCAGAAACACGCUGCCUUAAUUGUGAGACUGUAUCUAGCAAAGAUGAGGAUUUUUUUGAUUUACAAGUUGAUGUAGACCAAAAUACUUCAAUCACACACUGCCUCAGAUGUUUCUCAAAUACUGAGACACUUUGUAGCGACAACAAAUUCAAAUGUGAUCACUGUAGUAGUUAUCAAGAAGCUCAGAAACGGAUGAGGGUUAAAAAAUUACCAAUGAUACUAGCAUUGCAUCUAAAGAGAUUUAAAUAUGUGGAGCAAUAUAAUCGUCACAUAAAAGUUUCUCACAGGGUAGUUUUUCCUCUAGAGCUCCGGCUCUUUAAUACGAGUGAUGAUGCAGUGAAUCCGGAUCGAUUAUAUGAUUUGGUCGCAGUUGUGAUACAUUGUGGCAGUGGGCCUAACCGAGGACACUAUAUUUCAAUAGUAAAAAGCCAUGGGUUCUGGUUACUUUUUGAUGAUGAUAUGGUUGAUAAAAUUGAUGCAUCUACAAUAGAAGACUUUUACGGACUUACAUCAGAUAUUCAGAAAAGCUCUGAAACUGGCUAUAUCCUAUUCUACCAAUCAAUAGAUUGUAAUUAGAACUUACUACAAAUAUAUAGUGAUUAAAUUAAACAAAUUCUAUACGAUAAUUUCGUAUUUUAUGGAAGUACAAUGUAUAAAAUUAAAAAUAUUAUAUGUUAGAUUAUUUAUAAAUUAAAAUAUGUAUAGAAUCAGUUAUAUCUUGUUUGUAAAAUAUAUAAAAAACGAUUAGC